AUGGACGCGGGGCUGCUGAGUGUCAUCCUGGGCACUGUCCUAGUGCGGGUGGAGACGGCCGCGCAGGACCUCAGUCUACACAAGCCCCCAGCCGAUGCCACAGCAGCCACCCUGGGGGCCCCGGGGCCCACCCAGGUUGCUGAGGGCACGAGCCUCUCCUGGAGACGGGGUGUGAGAGGCAAGGACCCAGGGACCGGCAGGGCCAGAGCCCUCCCUGAGCGUUUCCUGUGGGCAGGCCGGCUGGCCCUGCGGGGUCUCCAGGGACCGGGGCUCAGCGUGGUCACCUCCUGCUCCCGGAUCGGAUUUUGGCGAGAAGCUGGUGUGGCCUCCAGCCAAAACCUGGCGCUAAAGACCCCAAAGAGGCUGGAGGCCUUGUUCUUGACCUUGAGUGGAGAUGAGCUGACGGGGAAGGCUGCAUACGACAGCUCAGGAAGUUGUGAGACAGAAAAAAUAGUGGGCUCAGAAAUAGAUGUUUUGGGGAGAUCCUGCUUCCCAGGCCACAGGGAGACCCACGUGAUAGGCACGGACUACGAGCAGGACGCCAUUCUGAGGGUGUCCCUGCACUGGCAGGGCCAGGAUUUCCAUGUGCUCAAAUACUUUAGUAAGCGCACCCCGCGGUGGGGGCUGGCCUCGCUCCCGCGUCCCGGAAACGGCCCAGCCCAGCCCCCUGGUGUCCCCACAGCUCGGACCCUCGAGGACGAGUACGGACCAGGCUUCUGGAGGUUCCGGGAGUUGACAACAGACAUAGGGCUGUACCUGGUGGCCCGGCACUGUGAGCCCCAGGCCUUCCGGGCGGGGGUUGGGCUGGGGACCCCGAGGGUGGGAUCCGGGGGCCAGUCCCACAGCACCUCACGCUCCCCUGUCCCGCAGGGAGGUGUGCCAAGCUCCUGA